AUGGAUAACAUUUUAUCACUCUCCACCUCAUACUUCCCUCUCACUACUCCCUGCCACCCCACAACCUCACCCACCACUUCCCUCUCUUUCUCCCUCAAGUCGCCUCCUCCACCGCCACCGUCGCCACCUCCCGAGCCACCCCACAACUCCUCCAACCUCCGCCGCCCUAAAUCUCUCAACCCAACCCCUAAGAAGAAAAUAUUAUCUAACCCCCUCAAAAACCUCAUAGAUUCCACCCAGGUCCCUAUCAAUAAUCCCCUUUCUCUCUCUGCCAAACUCCGCCUCUCCAGCAAACUCUCCCCACCUCCACCACCUCCGCCACCUACGCCGCCCUCAUUUCACAAAACCCAAGUGGAAAAAAACGAAAUUUCAGAAGAAGAGAAUGAACACUGUUCUCCAGAAACAGAGUUUCGGCAGAAAGGAAAGAUAUUUGUGGGAAAUUUACCGAACUGGAUUAAAAAACCCGAAUUGACGGAGUUCUUCCGACAGUUUGGGCCGAUAAAAAAUGUGAUUUUGAUAAAAGGGUAUAAUGAGUUUGAGAAAAAUGUGGGGUUUGGGUUUGUGAUUUAUGAUGGUCUGGUGGCUGAGAAAUCGGCAAUGGAUGCGGUGGAAUUCGAUGGGGUGGAGUUUCAUGGUAGAGUGUUGACAGUGAAGCUGGAUGAUGGGAAAAGAUUGAAGUCUAAGAAAGAGCAGAGAGUGAGGUGGGUGGAGGGUGUGGAUGAAGAGGAAUUUAGGUCUAACUGGCAUAACGAGAGGGAGAGGGACAGGAGGGAGUUUCGAAAGGCGGUGGAGACACAGCCGGAGAAUUGGCAGGCGGUUGUUAGUGCUUUUGAGAGGAUUAAGAAGCCUUCAAGAAAAGAGUUUGGUUUGAUGGUGAACUAUUAUGCAAGACGAGGGGACAUGCAUCGUGCACGCCAAACUUUUGAGAGCAUGCGAGCAAGGGGGAUAGAACCAAACUCACAUGUGUAUACAAACCUUGUUCACGCUUAUGCAGUUGGUAGAGACAUGGAAGAAGCAAUAUCGUGUGUUAGGAAAAUGAAGGAAGAGGGCAUUGAAAUGAGUUUGGUGACUUACAGUAUAAUUGUGGGGGGAUAUGCUAAAAUUGGCAACACAGAAGCUGCAGGUUGCUGGUUUGAGGAGGCCAAAGAGAGACAUUCAACUUUGAAUGCAAUCAUUUAUGGGAAUAUUAUAUAUGCUCACUGUCAAACUAACAAUAUGGACCGAGCUGAAGCCUUAGUGAGGGAGAUGGAAGAAGAAGGUAUAGAUGCUCCUAUUGACAUAUAUCACACUAUGAUGGAUGGUUAUACAAUGAUUGGGAAUGAGGAGAAAUGCCUGGUUGUGUUUGAUAGACUUAAGGAAUGUGGAUUUACACCUUCAGUUAUCAGUUAUGGAUGUCUCAUUAAUCUUUUCACUAAGAUUGGAAAAGUUUCUAAAGCCUUAGAGGUUAGCAAAAUGAUGUUAUCUUCUGGCAUAAAACAUAACAUGAAGACCUACUCCAUGUUAAUCAAUGGAUUUUUAAAGCUAAAAGAUUGGGCCAAUGCAUUUGCGGUUUUUGAGGAUGUGGUUAAAGAUGGUUUGAAGCCUGAUGUAGUGCUCUAUAAUAACAUUAUCAGAGCAUUUUGUGGGAUGGGUAACAUGGAUCGUGCCAUUCAUGUUGUCAAGGAAAUGCAGAAGGAAAGGCAUAGGCCUACCACUCGUACAUUUAUGCCCAUCAUCCAUGGUUUUGCAAGAGCUGGAAAAAUGAAAAGUGCCUUAGAGAUUUUCGAUAUGAUGAGGAGAAGUGGAUGCAUUCCUACUGUACAUACAUUUAAUGCCCUGAUUCUUGGCCUUGUUGAGAAGCGUCAGAUGGAGAAGGCCGUUGAAAUAUUGGAUGAGAUGACACUGGCGGGCUUAAGUCCUAAUGAACAUACAUAUACGACCAUCAUGCAUGGCUAUGCAUCGUUGGGUGAUACUGGGAAAGCAUUUGAGUACUUUACAAAAUUAAGAAAUGAGGGUCUGGAGCUUGAUGUAUACACGUACGAGGCACUACUUAAGGCAUGCUGCAAAGCAGGCAGGAUGCAAAGUGCUUUAGCAGUCACAAAAGAAAUGAGUGCUCAACAGAUUCCACGAAACACCUUCGUCUAUAACAUAUUAAUUGAUGGAUGGGCACGAAGAGGUGAUGUAUGGGAAACUGCUGACCUGAUGCAACAAAUGAAACAAGAAGGGGUUCAACCUGAUAUCCAUACGUACACGUCUUUCAUAAAUGCAUGUUGCAAGGCUGGAGACAUGCAGAGAGCAACAAAAACAAUCGAAGAGAUGGAAGUUAUUGGAGUGAAGCCAAAUAUUAAAACCUACACCACACUAAUUCAUGGGUGGGCACGUGCAUCUCUUCCAGAGAAGGCUUUGAGUUGCUUUGAAGAGAUGAAGUUGGCUGGGUUGAAGCCAGACAAGGCAGUAUACCAUUGCUUGAUGACAUCAUUGCUGUCCAGGGCGACUGUUGCUGAAGCUUACAUUUAUUCAGGAGUGUUAUCCAUUUGUAAAGAGAUGAUAGAAUCUGGUUUAACUGUCGACAUGGGGACUGCAGUUCACUGGUCCCGGUGUUUGCGCAAGAUUGAGAGGACAGGUGGAGAGAUUACAGAAGCCUUACAGAAGACAUUCCCGCCAGAUUGGAACUCGCACCAUUCUCUUGGAGCAAAUUCCAAUAAUGAUUCUGAUGAUGAGUCUGACAUUAUUGAUGAUGACAGCAACUUAUAUUUUGCUGGUGGGACCGAUGAAAAUGAUGAUCAAAAUGAUGACGAAAACGAUUUUAAACAGAGGUUAUUGCUUUAACUUGGAAGUUAUAUAUGCUCUUCAGCAUUGUUAAUCUCAAGUUGUCAACACAUCUUGUGUUUGCAUGGGGCUGCCAUUAAAGUAUCUAUUCCAGGCUCCUACAGCAUCUUGACUUUUGAAGCUGAGGGUUCACAACGUUGAGAUCUUAUGGGUUUUGAGUGUUCAUAGUUUGCGCAAAAGUAGAACUUGUGGAAGAGCUACUUAGUGAAGAACUGCUCAUUGAAGAACUGGAGAGGUUUUGCUUUAAGCACCAGCUUCUUAUUGUAUAACGAUCAUGUAGAUGGAUCAAAUAGUGUUUCACCCUGGAGGAAAACUGUGGCUUGCUUGCUUUACCACAAGAUAGGUGUUCAUUCAAGCAAAUUUUGUAGAAAACUGAUCUCGGUUGAUAUAUCAUGUUUGAUCCAGAGGUACCGUCAAGUUUAUUUCGCUAUAAUUUUCUUAUUAUUUUACCUUAGGAAUAUAUUUCUAAAUAUGUUGUGUUUCGAAACUCCCCUAGCUUUAGCAAUUCAGAGAUGAACCUGUUGUUGCUAGCUACUUUUAUUAAAGGAUAAAGUAACAUAUUUGAAUC